UCUGACGACGAGAAUAAGACGAGCGAUUGGAGUACCAGCGGUCUUUGCCAGUUCGCACUUGAGUUCAGAGCUCCAACGCGUAUAGCAGUCAGCUGAUCGUGUACAAAGUAAUGCUUGAGACAUAGUGUUCUGACUGACUCAGCAUUAUGUCUGUCAACUCGUGCUAUCUUCGAAUACUACUAAUGCUUGCACAUGCAUGCCACUCGCGAAGGGGUAUCAUUCCAUCUUAUCCUCUGAUCCUCAAAGCUAAAAGCACAACAACCGCCAAAUCGUGGGGCAGCUCGACAGCACUAGCAUCCAUAACCAAGCUCGCAAAGAGCCACAGCCGAAAGGUCAUCUUCCAUGGGUUGUUACCAUAGAAGUUUGUCAUGAACAAGUUGGAGA